UGACCAUGACAAUCAAACGCCUUUACCAGUUUAUAUCGUAACUACGUGUGUUAGUUUGUUUUUUAGUUAAUUGAAACAAAAAGAAAAAUGGGAUUAACGCUUUACAAAAAGGACACCAGCCCGCCUUCCCGGUCGGUCUUCAUGACCAUCCACGCUUUGAACAUACCAGACGUUAAAUUCAUAGACGUGUACCUACCAGCUGGAGAACAUCUCACCGAAGAAUACAUAAAGAUGAACCCACAACACACCGUGCCGCUUCUUAUAGACGACGACUUUCUUAUUUGGGACAGUCACGCAAUCUGCGGGUAUUUGGUCAACAAAUAUGGGAAAGACGACAGGCUCUACCCUACAGAGCCUAGGAAAAGGGCACUCAUAGACCAACGGCUACAUUUUGACAGCAGUGUAUUGUUUGUAGCAUUGAAGACCACCGUUAUGCCUCUCCUCUACCAAGGAGCAAAAGGCUUCAAAGAAGAACAUCUAGCUAUGAUUGAUGCAGCAUACGACUUUAUGGAGAAAUUCCUCACAACACCCUGGCUAGCUGGCGAUGACGUCACACUCGCCGACAUCUGCUGUGUGUCCACCAUCAGCUCGAUGAACGAGAUUAGACCAAUCGACAAGGAAACCCACGCCAUCACAGCUUACUUGGUCGGCAAGUACUCCGAGAACAACGCUUUGUAUCCUACUGAUCUGAAGAAGAGGGCACUGAUUGACCAGAGACUCCAUUUUGACAGUGGCAUUCUCUUCCCAGCUCUUCGAGGCAAUGUGGAACCAGUAUUAUUCAAAGGCGAGUCCUCCUUCAAGCCAGAAGGCCUUGAGAAGAUCAGCGUUGCAUAUGACUUCACUGACAAGUUCUUGGCAUCAGUUUCACCGUACUUGGCUGGCAGUGAACUGACUCUUGCUGACAUCUGCUGCGUCGCUACCAUCAGCUCUCUAAACGCUUUGGUGCCUAUUGAUGACAAUAAGUACCCAAACCUCGCUGCCUGGCUAGAACGUUGCUCUACAGAAGAAUUCUACCUGAAAGCAAACGAAGCCGGUGCACAACUUUUAGGACAAAUAGUUAAAAGCAAAUUGGCUUAAAAACAUUAAAAAAAACCACCAAAAAGUCUUAAAGACCAUGCACAAAAAUUUAAUUCAAAAUAUUUGAGAGCAUUUUUAUCAUCACUUCUCACUAAACGAAUACACAAAAUGUUUUCACGUAGGUGAUUGUUUACACUGUAUUUAUUAAAAUAAAUUAAAAGCGAA